AUGGUGAUGGUGAUGAUGAUGCAACAUUUUCCUGAAGCCAACAACUCGGUGACAAAUUUUCAACCACAAGAGUUCUCUGAAUCAACCAUCACACACAAUAAUAACACCACAUCAUUGCCACUAGCAAAUUCAAUUAAUAACACUCCAAGUUCCAUACCAUGGUCAUCAUUCACACAACACUCACCAUCAACCACAACCUCUUUCUCUAACAUUACCCCUAAUUCAUUAACCACUGAGAAACCCAACUUGAUGAGGGAAAUGAUAUUCAGAAUAGCAGCUAUGCAACCGAUAAAGAUAGAACCUGAGUGGGUGAAGGCACCAAAGAGAAGGAACGUGAAGAUUUCUAAGGAUCCUCAAAGUGUGGCUGCACGACACAGAAGAGAAAGGAUCAGUGAGAGGAUAAGGAUAUUGCAGAGAUUGGUCCCUGGAGGAACCAAAAUGGACACUGCUUCUAUGUUGGAUGAAGCAAUUCACUACCUUAAAUUUCUCAAAACCCAGGUUCAGUCACUUGAACGUGUCGCUGCUACUAAUACUGGGCUUGGAUUCCCUGUGUCAUUUUUGUCUAGUGGGAGUACUGUAACUACUUCCACUGCCACCAAUUAUGAAGGUUCUCGUGUUCAAAGUGUUGAGUAUUUCAGUGAUGCGUUAUGA